UAAUAGUUUCAUUGGUAUAUAACGACACGCGGUUAUACGGUCCCGAGGUCAUUCUAAGGAUUGGACAGCUGGAGAAGGCUUCGAUUUACUGACACACUGAUCAUGUCAAAGGUGUUAAAAGACCCCGUCCAUGGAGAGAUCGAACUGCAUCCAUUAUGUGUCAAAAUAGUGGACACGCUGGAAUUCCAACGAUUGCGCUUCAUUAAGCAGUUAGGAUGUUGCUACUUCGUGUACCCAGGCGCUGCCCACAAUCGGUUCGAACACUGCAUCGGAGUGUGCCACCUGGCGGGGAAACUGGCGCAAGCAAUAAGGGAUCGCCAACCAGAUAAGAUCAAUGACAGACAAUUGCUUUGUGUGAAAAUCGCUGGACUUUGCCAUGAUUUGGGUCAUGGACCAUUUUCGCACAUGUUUGAACAUUUUGUUAACAGUUUCAAAGGGAAAAAUUGGAAGCACGAAGAAGCCUCAAGAAAGCUAGUUGUCAGGAUAUACGGUCAUCUGAAGAAAGAAUUUAAGGAGCUAGGAGGGUUAGAGCAAGACGAUAUUGACUUCAUAAAGGACCUUAUAGAUCCACCAGAAGGCCUUUAUCAGAGAGCAAAAGAUGGCAACGUUGAACAGAAGAAGGACUUUUUCCUGUACGAGAUUGUUUCCAAUGCUACUUACGGUGUUGACGUUGACAAGUGGGAUUACUUCGCACGCGAUAGUCUCCAUCUGGGUGUUAAGACCAGUUUUGACCACGACAGAUUGAUAACAUCGGCAAGGGCAUGUACAGAUGAUGACGGUGUGACACACGUCGCCUACAGGGAGAAGGUCCUCGACCACGUUUACGAGAUGUUUCACAUCCGGUACACGCUUCAUCGAAAGGCUUAUCAACAUAAAGUAAACAAGGCAAUAGAGCUGAUGAUUUCCGACGCAAUGGGAAAAGCAAAUUUUGUCGUCGGAGUCGAUGGAUAUGGGAAAGAAAUAACUUUGUCAGAAGCUGUUGAUGACUUGGAUGCCUUCCGGAAACUCACUGAUCAAUUUGUACUGGACAAAAUAUCAGAAUUCUCAAAGGAAGCUCGUGAGCUCGUUGACAGAAUUUAUAAAAGGAAAUUGUAUAGAUUUGUUGGAGAGAAGCGUAUUGAGUUACAGGAGCUUAACGAUGAAGAGACCGUCACACAACAAGAAAAGACGAUUCAGACGGAAGAACAAUUGAGGGACGAGCUUGUAGGAGAAAAAGAGGGGAUCAAAAAACACAUCAAAGUUCAAAUUGCAUACUUCGAUUACGGAGCUAAGGAUAAAAAUCCGGUUGAUAAAGCCUACUUUUAUACUAAAAAUGAACCUGAUAUAGCAAAACACCCGGACAAGUUGGAGGAUGUCCAGAGUGAUUGCCUCAUGAUGAAACCCAAAUACAUUCGCGUACGGAUCGCUAGAGUGUUUUGCACCGAGGAGGCCUAUGUGGAUAAAGUUAAAGCGUUGGUGGAUGCAUGGAAUCCUUAAUAAAAGGGAAACCCUCUAAAUCAGACCGAUACAUAGAGAGCUACGUGUAAAAUACACCUAGAAGCUAAAUGUUUAGCCAAGAAUGAAAUAUGUGCAUUUCAAUGUCGAACUAAUUUGUGUAUUUGGAACAAUUCAUUAUAAGGCCAUUCGUAAGUUUGGUGUAAUUUAAGCAUAAACUUAUUUUGGGUGACGUACCAUUUGCCAAUAUUUGUGUAAUUUAACUUUUGCAACAAUUCUUUGUAAUCAAGCUUUUUGCGAUUUUGGUGUAAUUUAGCUAUUUGCUAAUUUUAUAAAAUGUAUUUAUCAGUGAAUAUUGUGUAAGUUAACUAUUAACUAAAAGUGUUUAAUUUAUCAAAAAACAUCUUUUUGUGUAAUUCAACCAUUAGCUAACUUUUUUAUUUAACCAUUGGUCUAUAUAUGUGAAUUCAACUAUGCGACAAUUUUUUGUAAUUUAGCUUUAUGCAAUUUUUGUUUAAUUUAGUUAUUUGCUAAUUUUAUUUAAUUGAUUUAUCAGCGAUUAUUGUGUUGUUCAUUAAUUAACUUAUAUUGUUUAAUUUAUCAAUUAGCAUAUUUUGUGUAAUUAAACUUUUAGCUAACUUUUUGUAUUUAAAAAAAAAAAGAUUUGCCUACAUUUAUGUUAUUUAACUUUGCACUUAAUUUGCAUAAUUCAUCUAUUUGCUAGUUUUGUGAAAUUUAGCUAUUUGCUUAUUUGAUGUAACUUAUUUAUCAGCUAAUAUUGUGUUAUUUAACUAUAAACUAUUAUAAUUUAACAUGAGCUAUUGUUUGUGUAAUUUAACUAUUAGCUUGUAUUUACGUACUUUAACAAUUAACUAACUUUGUGUCUUUUUACUAGUUGCCUUUAUUGUGUAAAUUAACUAUGCGCUAAUAUUAUGAUAUUUAUCUAUUUGCAAUUUCUGUAUAAUUUAACUAUUAGCUAAUAUUGUGAAUUUAAAUAUAAGCUAGCUUUGUGUAGUUGAACUAAUGGCUUACUUUGUAUCUUUUAACUAUUUGCCUAUAUAUAUGUAAUUUAACCAUGCGCUAAUUAUGUGUAAUUCAGUUAUUUGCUAUUUUUUUGUAAUUUAACUAUUAGCUUAUAUUUUGUAAUUUAUCUAGUAGCUGAUAUUACUUAGUUUAACUUCAAAACUAUUUUUUGUAUUUUAAAUUAUUAGCUUAGUUUGUGUGCUUUUACUAUCAGGCAGUUUUGUGUAAUUCACUAUUAAUGAUUUUUCUGUAAUUAAGCUAUUUUUAUUUGUUUUAUUUGGAGCACAUAUGUGUCAUAGGGCUCUACUGUAAGACGGCCAAUUCUGAGUAUUCUUUCCCAAUCCCUUUCAAAUUAAAAAUACGAUGAUAAAGUCAAA